CAAAGCUAGAAGAAGAAGAAGAAAGAAUCUGACAAAUUAAGCUAGGCAGCAUGUCGAUGAUCUCCAGCAUGCUGGGCCGGAAGCAGCCGCCGCCGCAGCCCCAGCCGCAGCAGCACGCGGCGGCCCACAAGGCCAACGGCCACGGCGGCGGCGGGGACGAGGUCGUGGAGCCGGUGAGCAUCGACAUCCUGGAGCCGUUCAUGGAGGCCAUCUCACUGACUGCGUUCGGCGGCGGCGGCUGCCGGCCGGCGCUGGGCUUGCCGUUCUCGACGGCGAGCAUGGACUGGAAGGAGACGCCGACGGCGCACGUGUUCAUGGCGGACGUGCCGGGCCUGCGGCGGGAGGAGGUGAAGGUGGAGGUGGAGCAGGAGCGGGUGCUCCGGAUCAGCGGGCAGCGCGCGCGCGCCGCCGAGGACAAGGGCGACCGGUGGCACCGCGUGGAGCGGAGCGCCGAGAAGUUCGUGCGCACCGUGCGCCUGCCGCCCAACGCCGACGUCGACGGCGGCAGCGUCCACGCCUCGCUCGACAACGGCGUGCUCACCAUCACCAUCCCCAAGGACGACGGCAAGAAGGCCUACGGCAGGAUCAUCCCCAUCACCAACUAAUGACCAGCCACGUGCAUGCACCAUCAACUCAAUCAAUACUACGUACUAUACGUAUCACCACUGCUUAAUUAUACUUUACUAAAGAGAACCGUAAGAUGCCGGAGAUAAGCCCGGCCGCGUAUGUAUGUGCUCAGCUGGAAUUCCGGAAGAUUUCCGUCAAUUAUACCAUAGGCACACUCAAUCCCGGCGUCUGCAAGUUGAUGCAUACAACCAUCCCACUCUCUAGUGGGUUAUAGGCUAUACAACUGAGAUAUGAGAUAUGACUCCAAAUAACCAAAUGUAUAUGUAGCAGCAGCUGUGAAAACAUAUCUAUAUAUUUGUGUUGGGUUAUUAAUCCGAAAAAGGGUUUCCCCGCUUUA